GGUAAUCCUGUUGAUAACAAACGCAUGGCCAAUCAAUGGCCGUUUACAAAAUUCCUGUGUGUUUAGUAUUCUGUCAAACUGUCAUGUUGUAAUGCAACCGCAAAUGUGGGCUAUUUAUUGAUCAAACCUUUAUUGUUAAUCGUCAGAUAAAUGUAAGAGUACAUUGUGUGUUGUGGGCAAGCUCGAGCGAAAUGUUCAAAAACACAUUUCAGUCCGGUUUCCUUUCCAUUCUUUACAGUAUAGGCAGCAAACCUUUGCAAAUUUGGGACAAAAAGGUGCGAAAUGGGCACAUAAAAAGGAUCACGGACAACGACAUCCAAAGUCUAGUGCUGGAAAUAGUUGGUACCAAUGUUAGCACGACGUAUAUUACAUGUCCUGCUGAUCCUAAAAAGACGCUUGGUAUCAAGCUGCCUUUUCUGGUUAUGAUAAUAAAGAAUCUGAAGAAGUACUUCACAUUCGAAGUUCAGGUGUUGGACGAUAAGAAUGUACGGAGAAGAUUCAGAGCAAGUAAUUACCAGUCCACAACUCGGGUUAAGCCAUUCAUUUGUACAAUGCCCAUGCGUCUUGAUGAAGGUUGGAAUCAAAUCCAGUUCAAUCUCGCAGACUUUACUCGAAGAGCUUAUGGAACAAAUUAUGUAGAAACUCUCCGAGUACAAAUUCACGCAAACUGCCGGAUUAGAAGAGUUUACUUCUCUGAUAGACUGUACUCAGAAGAUGAACUUCCAGCAGAAUUUAAACUAUUCCUACCAAUACAAAAUAAGACCAAAAAUGCUGUGGCAACUUAAAAUUGUUAAGUGUGAAGAUACAAACUUGUAAUGUCUUUAUCUUAGUAAAUGUAUUUAUAAGUUUA